CUUACAAGCCAGCGGAGAAGAGACGUCAAGAGGAGGAUCUACAGAGGGAGAGAGAAAAAAAAUCCUUCUCUCUCUCUCCUGCUGCCUCUCUUCGUGCAUCCUACGGGCAGCGAGGAGCGAAGAAGAGGAGCAAGGAGGUUCCAUCCAUCCGUCCGUCCAGCUGGCAUAUUUUUUCUACGCUGCUUCCUUCCUUUUCCCCGCGAUUUCUCUGAGGCUGUACGACGGUGGGUGGAGCGCAGGGAGAGCCGCCGAGAGCUCGAUCGGUGACAUCGCUCCGCAGCAGCAGUAGAAGCGGCUGAAGAAGAAGAAGAGGAGCACCAGGAUGCUUAACAACCUGACCGACACAGAGGAGGGGGACGGGGGAGCGCAGAGCCAGGCUGACAGUAACCCCAAGGAGAGCAGCCCCUUCAUUAACAGCAGUGAUGCUGCUGCAGAGAAGAGCCAGCAGUACGACGGCAAGAACAUGGCCUUGUUUGAGGAGGAGAUGGACACCAGCCCCAUGGUGUCGUCUCUCCUCAGCAGCCUGGCCAACUACUCCAACCUGCCCCAAGGAAGCAAGGAGCACGAGGAGGCUGAGAACAACGAGGCCGAGUCGUCACGUAAGAAACCUGUCAAGGCUCCCCAGCUCGGCACCCUGAUGGGCGUCUACCUGCCAUGCAUCCAGAAUAUCUUCGGUGUCAUCCUCUUCCUUAGGAUGACCUGGCUGGUGGGGAUCGGAGGAGUCAUUGGGACCUUCAUCAUCGUCUUUAUGUGCUGUACCACAACCAUGCUGACUGCCAUCUCGAUGAGUGCCAUCGCUACCAAUGGAGUAGUGCCAGCUGGAGGCUCCUACUACAUGAUUUCCCGCUCACUUGGCCCAGAGUUUGGGGGCGCGGUGGGGAUCUGUUUUUAUCUAGGUACCACCUUCGCUGGAGCCAUGUACAUCCUGGGGGCCAUCGAGCUCCUCCUGAUCUACAUAGUGCCAAAGGCAGCCAUCUUCCCCCUGGAGGGUCUGGAGGGACCCGAGGCAGAGGCCGCCCUGCUGAACAACAUGCGAGUGUAUGGGACCAUCCUGCUGACCUCCAUGGCCACCGUGGUGUUUGUGGGCGUGAAGUACGUCAACAAGCUGGCCCUGGUCUUCCUGGCCUGCGUCAUUCUCUCCAUCCUGGCUGUGUACGCCGGGGUCAUCAAGACCGCUGUUGAUCCUCCAGAUUUCCCUGUGUGUGUCUUAGGUAACCGCACCUUAGUGUGGAAGACUUUUGAUGUGUGUGCCAAGACCAUCGAGACAGCUAACGGGACAGUCACCACCCAGCUGUGGCGCAUGUUCUGUGACUCACCUUUCCUCAACGCUACCUGUGACAAAUACUUCGCUGCCAACAACAUAUCUCAGAUCCAGGGCAUCCCUGGGGUCACCAGUGGAAUCCUCUCAGAGAACCUGUUUGGGACCUACUAUGAGAAGGGUGAUCUGAUUGCCAGAACUAACAUGGAUUCAGUGGAAGAUCCUGAUGACCCCCUGACAAGCAAUACACGCUACGUGUUGGCUGACAUCACCAGCUUCUUCACGCUGCUGGUCGGCAUUUACUUCCCCUCUGUGACAGGGAUCAUGGCCGGCUCCAACCGCUCCGGAGACCUGCGUGAUGCCCAGAAGUCGAUCCCCAUUGGAACCAUUGCAGCCAUCACCACCACCUCCACUGUCUACAUGUCCAGUGUGAUCCUGUUUGGAGCCUGCAUCGAGGGUGUGGUCCUUAGGGACAAGUUUGGAGAAGGAGUCCACGGGAAUUUGGUGAUUGGCACGUUGGCAUGGCCGUCACCAUGGGUGAUCGUGAUUGGAUCCUUCUUCUCCACAUGUGGCGCUGGGCUUCAGAGUUUGACUGGAGCUCCUCGUCUCCUGCAGGCCAUUGCCAAAGACGGCAUUGUACCUGCCCUUCGGAUCUUUGGUCACGGAAAGGCCAACGGAGAGCCCACAUGGUCCCUCCUGCUGACAGCGUGCAUCUGUGAGAGCGGCAUCCUCAUUGCCUCCCUCGACGCUGUGGCUCCCAUCCUCUCCAUGUUCUUCCUGAUGUGUUACAUGUUUGUGAACUUGGCCUGCGCCCUGCAGACGCUGCUGAGGACUCCAAACUGGAGACCUCGCUUCAAGUUCUACCACUGGACUCUGUCCUUCCUGGGAAUGAGCUUGUGUCUCACUCUCAUGUUCCUCUGCUCAUGGUACUACGCCAUUGUCGCCAUGGCAAUUGCUGGCUCCAUCUACAAGUAUAUCGAGUUUGCAGGAGCGGAGAAAGAGUGGGGUGAUGGGAUACGUGGUCUGUCUUUGAGUGCUGCACGUUACGCCCUCAUGAGGCUGGAGGAAGGUCCCCCGCACACCAAGAACUGGAGGCCCCAGCUGUUGGUGCUGGUCAGUACAGAUGCCGAGCAGAACGUGGAGCAGCCUCGUCUGCUCUCUCUGACAAACCAGCUAAAGGCAGGAAAGGGUCUGACUAUCGUUGGGACGGCUCUGGAGGGAAAAUACCUGGAUAACUUUGAGCAGAGUCAGCGUGCAGAACAGGCGCUGCGUAAACUGAUGGAGACAGAGAAGGUGAAAGGCUUCUGUCAAGUGACAGUGUCUUCAAACCUACGUGAUGCCACUUCCCACCUCCUCCAGGCCAGUGGGCUUGGAGGCCUGAAACAUAACGCUGUGCUGGUGUCCUGGCCACGCAACUGGAAGCAGGGAGACGAGCACCAGACCUGGAGGAACUUUAUUGAGUUGGUCAGAGAAACCACCGCAGCUCACUUGGCUCUGCUCGUACCGAAAAACAUCUCAGCCUUCCCGUCCAAUGGAGAGCGCUUCACUGAGGGUCACAUUGACGUGUGGUGGAUUGUCCAUGAUGGAGGCAUGCUGAUGCUGCUGCCCUUCCUCCUCCGCCAGCACAAGGUGUGGAGGAAGUGCAAGAUGCGCAUCUUCACCGUGGCCCAGAUGGACGACAACAGCAUCCAGAUGAAAAAGGACCUGACCACAUUCCUCUAUCACCUCCGUAUCGACGCCAUGGUGGAAGUUGUAGAAAUGCACGACAGCGACAUCUCGGCCUACACUUACGAGAAGACUCUGGUGAUGGAACAGCGGUCGCAGAUGCUUAAACAGAUUAACCUGACCAAGAACGAGCGUGAGAGAGAGAUCCAGAGCAUCACUGAUUCAUCCCGUGGGUCCAUUCGCCGCAAGAACCCGGCCGCCGUGACCACCCAGCUGAGCGUGACCGAGGAGCCGCCAGCAGCCAGCAAGGAGGAGAAGCCUGAGGAAGAGUCAAAGUCGGCCUCUUCCCCUGUCUCCCCCCCUGAUCAGGUCCAGCUCAUCCAUGACAACACUAACCCAGCCAGCCCCGCCACCCCAGCCACUCCGCUGACCCCCGGAGAGGGGGCACAGAGCCCCGGGGAGCAGGUCCAGAUGACAUGGACCGAGAAGUGUGACGGUGAGCCAGCCAAGCCACCCGGUGCAGCCACACCAGAGGGCAUCAAAGACAUCUUCAACAUGAAGCCUGAGUGGGAGAACCUGAACCAGUCCAAUGUGCGACGUAUGCACACAGCACUCCGGCUGAAUGAAGUUAUCGUCAAGAAGUCCUCAGAGGCCAAGCUAGUCCUCCUCAAUAUGCCCGGGCCCCCUAAGAACCGGACAGGUGACGAGAACUACAUGGAGUUCCUCGAGGUCCUCACUGAGGGUCUCAACCGGGUUCUCCUGGUCCGCGGUGGCGGCCGUGAGGUUAUCACUAUCUACUCCUGAAAAAGCAGCCCCCCUCCCCCACUACUCCCCCCUUCACCCCUCCCUCUGCCCUGCUCCUGUGUCACCUGUGCUCCCACCUUCUCAUCAGCCCUGUUUCAUCAUCACGUCACUCUUACCGUUUCUUUCUGUAAGAUAGUCCUCUCACACCCACCCAAUAGCCCAGCUCAGCUUCAGCACCUCUCCCUCAGCUACAAACCCUUCAUUCUAGUCCCGUAAGCUACUAUAACUAUCGUAGGCUUUAGACUAAUUUAGACGCUCUCUAGAUUUGUUCUUAAAGAAGCUUUUUUCCUUCACUAGUCUGUAAUCUGCUGUAGUAACUCGCUUUGAGUCAAGAGGAGGAGGAGGAGGAGGAGGAGGAGUGGGUGGUGGUGUUGGUGGGUUGUUAGCUGAGGUGUGAGCGCACAUGCAUGUAUGUGUCUGUCUUUGUUGAAAACUGCAGAUUUCUGUUGUCGAUUUUUUUUUCUUUUUCAAAUACAAGUGUGGCAUAGCAGCGGCUUCUGCUCGAGAAGACCGAGAGCCGGCUGAAAUGAGCUCAGUGUUGGAUUUGUCUGUUUGGUUUUCUUUCUCGUUGUGAUUGGACACCUCCCACAGCGCUCCGGCCUGUUUGUCUUUAUGUGAUUUUAACUUUUCAAGGCAAAAAGACACUGCUGCCCACGGUCAGGACCACCAGCUGGAAGAAUAUGAACUGUGAAAUUCACACUUUGAAGAAGACUGAAAAGGCACGUGGAUCAAACCUGCAGUAUUCUCUUUAUCCUGAUCACUUUGUUAGCAUGGCAUCCUUAUAACUGUGUGUGUUUUUACUCCACUUCCUCUGUCUUUCUACUCAUCCUCCUUUCAACCGAUUUCUUAGUGGCUGUUUAUCCCGGGGCCACUGUUAGUGCCAAAAAAAAAACAACAACAAGGCUAGCUUAGUCUGUAGAGAUUGACACGUUAUUAAACUGUGAAUAGUGCGUUUCCUAGCAAGAAGGCUGGUGUGACAGCAAAAUGGGGAGAUAGAACAAAUCCCCACCCCCCAUCCAGAGGAGAUUAUCAUUGCCAGCACCCCCUCGACCCUCGUGUGGAUCACUGUAAAUAAUGUACAAGCUCUGACGCGUUGUUCAGUAUGAGUGUAGUAUUUUUGUGACAUACUAAAAAGCUUCUAGUGGAGAGAAAAACCGCUCCUUCGCUCAGAAGGACAGCUCAAAACGCUGUUUUUAAAAAAAGAAUUUAUUCAUUUAUUUAUUUAUUUACUUAUUUAUUUAUUUAUUGGAUGGCAUAGGCUCCUGUCACUAUGAUAACUGUCAUUGUAACCUCGACAAGCACUGCACCUGCACUGUCCGCCACUGUGCAACAAGUGAAAUUUUGAUGAAUUCAUCAAGUUCAUUAAACUACAGAGAAAAAAAACCUACUAAAUGUUAUUUUUUCAUCUAGAGAACAAAAUAUGUAUUUAUGUUUAUAGACAGAUGUUACACAUAUUGAUAAACUAGUUUUAUGUCAUUUUUGGAUUGUCACUCAAAGAUAUAGUGUUGUUUUGCCUAAUUUAUAUACAUUAAAUGUGCCAUAUCAAAGUAUUUUUCAAGGAGAAAUAGUGAACAACAAUUCUUUUGCUUAAAUUAGAGAGAACAGAGAGCUAAAGAGAGAAAAGUGAAGUGUCUACAUGAAAAUAGCAUGUCGAUGAUGAUACUGUUCCACCCUAUAAGUGAUACAAAAAUACAUGUUUAGACAUUUGCCGAGAUUUUGAACAUGUAUUGAUUGUUUAUAGGGUUUAGUCGAUAUAAAGAGAGAGGACAAAGGCUUCUGUAGCUAGGAAACUCACUUUGUCCACCAGACUGACCUCUAUGCAGUAGACUCUCCAGUGAGAUUUUAUAUCCUCUUGAUGGGUGAAGAUUUGAGCCACACACGUCCACGUCUGAAUGAAUCAUUCUCGGGUUCAAAAAGUGCAUCUUGGAAGGAAUGUGCAAUCGUUGGAAAUCCGGAUUCAUGUGAUCAUGUUAUUUAUUUUUUUACACAUAUAUUUUGUAUAUGUAGAUUUCGUAAGUCUUAAAAAAUAUCCAGAAUCAUCUCACUCUGACCAAGGACAGCUGUCACUUUACUUUCAUUUCUUUUCUUGAAGAAACUGUUUUUGGUCAUUUGCACUGGUAGUAGAAAUAUAAAUAAAUACGUAUAUAUAUAAAUAUACAGUAUAUACUAUAUAGGGAAGCAAAACAGAUUAGUUUCUAGAACUAUUUAAAAAGCAUAUUAAAUGUUUUUAGUGUUGCUUGAAUGUCUGACCAUAUGUUGUGAAUGCUGCUAGUAUCAAUAGAUUUAUUUGUAUUGUAAAUAAAGAUGACUAAAGCAACAUUAAAGAUCAAGUGGAAAAGGGUAAAGACAUACAUAUCAGCGGUGGUGGUUUGUCAAACAAGACAAGGUUGUACCUGUAAACAUUUGGCCUGUGAUAUCUGACAGGGUUAGCUUUUAUUUUAAUUAUAAGAAAUAUUUAAUAUCUAAAUGCAAUAUUAUAUCUGAGGGAAAAUCCUCCACCCUUUUAUUGUCUUUUAAAAACCAAUGUUCCUUAACUAUUAUCUCUUAAGUUAUGCAAGACAAUUUUAAAAUACCAGAUUAUAAAUUUAAAGUUUACUUAAAGAAAUGCAUAGAUCUGUUUUAUAAAAUGAUUUAUCUAAAGUUGCUUUUGCAAAUUUUUAACACAUCUACCUGUGACACUUAAGAAGCAGUCACCUCUAGUUUUCAAAGAUUAUAGGAUGCCAAGUGAAUUUUUCUUUUGAGAUCCUUGUCACACUUAACACUGACAAAGGGGUUGUUUAGAGCUCACAUCAGUUUUUUGAAGAACACGGCUAUUUUGGGAUUGUCUCCACAAACAUUGCCUGCAUCAACUGAGCCUUUUAAAUUUAUUCAAAAAGAGAAGAUAUCUGAUGUCUAUUGGAGACGUUUAUUGGAAAAUGAAUUUAUUUAUUAAAUUAUAAAUGUUUUAUAAUUGCUGUUUGCAUGGUACUAUGUGGCAAUAUUUGUUUUAGUGGUUUCUAUAGUGAUGACUUACAUGUUCAAGGUGCAGAGCGAGCUUAAAAGGUUGUCAAAUGUUCUCACUCAGUCGCGGACGGCGAGAACUUCAGAAGUCUUUGCCACUCGGUUGGUGACGUGGCUACACCUUGAAAACAAGUCUCUUGCAAAAAAUAAGAAAAAGUAUGAGUUCACUAUAUUGUUACUUGUUAUAUUUCAAUCUUGCUCAAGUAGUCUUAUGUAACGUACUAGGAGACUUUGAGUUUGCGAAUGAUUGGGCCUUAGAAACGGUCAUUUCACCUUUGUAAAUAUAUCUCACUAAAGUCAGAGACACUGUAACCUACUAGUGUUGUCUUUUGUUGUACACUGUUCUAUCACUGUGGGCAAAGUCUUAGAGUUUUGUAUGAUUAUGUGCAAUAUUGUUCUCACAUUGGUCUUUUUUCACGUGUUCAUUUAUUUUUUUUCUAUAAACAAAGGUGUCAGCAGUUGUCUACUUCAUCAGAAUGUUUGUCACCAGGUCUUAUGGACAAUAAAGAUUUAAAGUGUUCAUUUCAAAUGUGGCUGAGACAGCAAAGCACUUUACACUGAGGGGGUAAUCUGUGCCUGGAUGAGUGUGAAGGAGCCUGCAUGCUCUGUGCACACUCAUCCCACAGUGAUCUCUGGUGGCUCAUGAGUGUAUUACAGCCAGCUGUGAAGGUCUGACCCUUCAGACUGUAUAAAUUAUGAUUAACUCCCAUCAGCUUGCAGCAGUUUUGAACUGCAAUAACAAAGACCUACCUGCUGAUUUUGUUUACAUUUAAUCAUUUUCUUGCAUUAAAGCAUGCAUCACACUCUUUACUUUCUCUUGCCAAAACUUCUUAAAAAGAAAAAUCGUAACUGUUCAAUUUAUAGUGCUUGUCACUCAAUCUGUGAGGUGAGCCUUCCCCAUAUCCCCCCUCCACCCCCAUUAACCUUCUCCUCACCCCAUCUCCCCCUUAAAAAUCCCCUGGCCUCCCCCAUCCCAGCCACUGAAUCCACCCCAGCUCUGUAUUUUAAAUGUGAUUGCAGUAUAAUUCUGAAAAAUGAUCAAAGAAUAUAAAACUCGCGCUUCCAAUUCUGGUACAGGCUCUGCUCGGACAAAAAGAAGUAGUCUAACUUAGAAAACCAGCACAUCCCUUCUCAUUACCUUACCCCUCAAAACUGAUCAAUGACCUAGAUCAGAUCCUUCGCCUGCACAACUGUAGCAUGAGACAAACUUGCCGGUGAUCAUUACCCAGUCUCCAUCCUUAAGUGGAUAUUAAGGGCUCUGAAACACAUCUGUUACCGGGUUGAGGAGGCUGUCCUGUUAAGAUAAAACACAAAACAGAUCCCAGAUAAAGACAGAGAGGGCUGUAGCUGAGAUAAGAUCGAAACCCUUCAGUUUAUUUUCUUUGAAGUGUCAGACAGACUUCAAUGAUGCUGAAGGUAAAACAACUGCACUUUCAUGUCAUAUCUGGGAGUCAGAUGCGAAGAACUAAAGUGGCUACUCGUGCCGUUCAAGCAGAGCCUCGUUCCAGUUAUGUUGUGUAUCUCAGUGCAUGCAUGCAAUUACCCUGAACAAGGUGUAUUGAAAAUAUAUUGGGUGUUUGUGGUAUAAAAGUAUUUUGUUUUAAUCAGUUAGAAAUUUUUUUUUUUUUAAGUAGUAUUAUUUUUUUUCUCUUUCCUUAGGACUGGCCAAUCACUAUAUCCAAGAUGAAUAUUAUUAUGAUAGUACAAGAAUCUAUUUUUUAUGGUGGAUUUAUUGAAAAAAGGUCCUCUUAUUGUGUCAAAUAUUAUCUGCAGAUAAACUGAGUACCAAAGUAUAUUUCAGUUAACUACAUAGGUGAUAAGUGUGCAAAUGUGUACUCCAGUGAAUUAGACACAGACAUACUUAACCUUUUGUUACUGCAAACAUUAGUUAUAAAAGUUGUUUUAAAUAAGAAAAUUGUGAGUGCCAAAGUACUGAAAGUGUAUCUACCUUUAAGCCUUUAGUCAACAUCUGCGGUUCUGUUGGGUGUAAGUAAACGUUAAGCAUCACUCCGUUUUAGUUAAUUAACUAUUGCACAAAGACAAGAGAAUGGGGACCUAGCUUAGCUAUGACUUUAUGUAACAAAAGCCACCAACCUGCAUCUCUAGAGCGUAUUGUUAAAAAUUUUGCUGUUUGGUUUAAUGAACACGGGAAAGAAAGUGGGGGAAAUAAGUUUAAAAAUGGCGGUUAUCCUUCUAGCUAGCGUUUCAACUGCCGUGUAGCUGUUGCUAAUAUAACCUCAAGGCAGCUACAGGUCCACUAUAACAAAGUCUGAAACAGAAACACAAAUAGACUGAUUUUUAAUUGUCUUCUCACACUUUCAAGUAUAUGUGAAUUAAACCUAGUUUUAAUAUAAAUUAAAAGGAGCAGAGAGGUGAUUUUGUAACCUGUAGGUCGAGUGAAGCUAAAAAUCAGUCGUUUUCAGUUAGCCAACCACCACAACUAGCCUCAUACCUAACGUUCAUUUUGUCAGUGAAGUUCCUCAAAUGUAUUUCCAUUAAGAUUCAUGCCUUCAGAAAUACACCAUUUAACUUAAAAAUCCUCCAAUGAGUCUUUAUGAUGGACUAGGUUUGUUUUUAAUUCACUGGAGUUGUGGGAAACAUUUUGUAUGGAUGCCUGAAAUAUGUAAUGGAUGUAGAUAUAGAUGAUAUAUACAGCAUACACACAAAGACACAAAGUAUCAAAUUUCAAUUCUAUAAAAAUGUGUUUUUUCAUUCAGAUCUGUUCAUUACUCUUCCUUGAUACUGUACCUAGUCUUAAGGUAAAGCCGUAGUGUGUUUCUUUCAGUUCUGUGGGAGUAUGUAUGUGUGUACAUGUGCACUUGUAACUGCUGGGGGCGGGGGUGGGAGGGGGCUACAUGUAAAUAUAUCAAAUACAGUUAGUGUGGAGGUGUUUCUUUUUGUGUCAGUGUAAGUUAAAUAUUCUAAAAUAAAAAAACAUGUAUUAUUCUCUAUUGUGUUUCAUGGUACAUUAAAAAGAGGAAAAAGUAGUUUUAUCUUACAUUUCAAAUGCUUAUAUCUCUAUGGCUUC